AUUUAUUAUCAAAUUAUGUUGAUAAAUGAUAAUUACAGAAACAAAUUAAAAAUGGAGGUGGACAGUGACUCUGAGAACCAGCCUGGAGCAUCCUCCAUGAUGGGAAAGGACAAGAAGAGGUUUGAAGUUAAGAAGUGGAAUGCAGUGGCACUCUGGGCCUGGGAUAUUGUGGUAGACAACUGUGCUAUUUGCAGGAAUCAUAUUAUGGAUCUUUGUAUCGAGUGUCAGGCUAAUCAAGCCUCAGCCACCAGUGAGGAGUGUACGGUUGCUUGGGGGAUGUGCAAUCAUGCUUUCCACUUCCACUGCAUCAGUCGUUGGCUCAAGACUAGACAGGUUUGUCCCCUGGACAACCGGGACUGGGAGUUCCAGAAGUACGGUCACUGAUUUAUUCUCAUCACCAGCCUUCUCUGCUUAUCAGAUCAUCCUUUUUCCUCCUUUCUAAUUCUAUUCAUUUACUCCUUUUCCUAACUAGUAAUACUAUUGCUUUCUCCCAAACCUCAUUUUUCAUUGAUGCUUGAUAUCAAUGUUAGUUCUGCUCUGUUUUAGACUAAAUUCUCCUCAUUUUAUAAAUUCAACCAAACUACAGUAAAACUGUUUUCAGAA